AUGCUUCGAGUGCUGGACCUGAGGAACGUACACAAUGUGUUCUGGGAUGUUUGGCCUGGAGUAGAAGGUUUACAAUGCUUAGAAGGGAGUUUCCUUCCUAGAUAUGCCCAGAGGCAGCUCUUGAUGGUGGUGACUGACUUUGACCUACGACUUAACUUGGAUGAACACCAAGCAUAUUUGUUGCAGUGGGCCCAACAGCAAAAAAGUUCUGUGCGGUUGUGCUGUUUGAAGAUGACAAUCUGUGGGACUUCUUUGGAGAUGAUCAGAAUGGUUAUGAAAACUUUCCAGCCUUGCUACAUUGAGCAACUGGAUCUAUCCACAAACUGGAAUCUGAUCACACUGAGUCGUUUUGCACCUUGGUUUGGUCAGAUGAGAAAUUUGCGCAAACUCCAUGUAUCCCACAUUUACAUGAAGAGGAACAAAGAAGACAUAGAGCAGAAGUGCGUUGCCAGGUUCAUUUCACAGAUAUCCAAACUGAACUGUCUCCAGAAUCUCUCCAUGAAUGGUGUCUACAUUUCUAGUGAGCGCAUGAAACAGUUGUUCAGAUGCUUGAAGAGUCCCUUGGAGACACUGUCCAUCAAUCUCUGCAUGUUGUCCCAGGCAGACAUGAAACACCUGUCCCAGUGUCAGUGGAUUUUUCAGUUGAAGCACCUGCAACUCCAUGCUGUACCACUAUUUCACUUAAGUACCAUACAUCUCCAAUUUCUUCUUGAGCAUAUAGCAGACACUUUGGAGAUCUUGGAGUUAGAGGACUGCACGAUUGGAGACUCUCAAAUCAGUGCUCUCCUGCCUGCCCUGAGAAAGUGCUCCAAGCUCACCAGGGUCAACUUGUAUGACAACGCCAUUUCCAAUUCAGUGAUGAAGGAAUUUCUACAAGGUAUGAGCAAUAUCAGCACAUUGACCGAGGAGUUCUACCCUGCUCCACUGGAAUGCUAUGAUGAACUGGGUCAUAUCCUAGUGGAGAAAUUGGCCAAACUAUGUCCCGAUCUCCUGGAUAUACUCAGGCACAAAAGACACCCCAAGAAUGUCUCCUUUGGUACACACAUCUGCCCUCAAUGUUUUCAGCGAUGUGUCUAUGACGUGAAGACAAGACUGUGUCACUGUUUCUCAUAA